AUGCCCGCCUACCACUCCGUCUUCCUCGAUGAGCCCAACCAGCACAUAAUAGGCAACUUCGCGCUGCUGCCGCUGCGCACCCGCACGCGCGGCCCGGCGCUGCAGCUGCCCCCUCUGCCCGCCGACGUGACGGAGCUGACGGUCGAGGCGUCGCACGAGUCGUACGACCCCGUCGACGAGAUCCUCGCCCUCUUCCGCGCCAACACCUUCUUCCGCAACUUUGAGAUCAAGGGCCCCGCCGACCGCGUCCUCAUCUAUGGCAUCCUCUUCGUCAGCCAGGCCCUGAGCGUCAUCAAGCCGAGCAUGAGCAAAAGGGACGCCGAGAAGGCCCUGAUGAACCUCGCUCUUGACACCAACUUCGCCAUCCCCGGCGAUGCCAGCUUCCCGCUCAACCAGGCCUUCGAGGCCCCCGCCAACCGCAAUGACGCCGAGACCCUUCGCCAGUACCUCGCACAGAUGCGUCAGGAGCUUGCCGUGAGGUUGCUGAACCGUGUGUAUGCCGAGGACCAGGCGGCGCCGAGCAAGUACUGGCUCAGCUUCAUCAAGAGGAAGUUCAUGAACAAGUCGUUGUAA